UGCCUCGGACGCGCGGCGAGGCGGCCGCCGCCGGAGGAGCCCCCGCCCCUGCGCGCCUCCCUCCCGGGAGCCGGGCCCCUGCCUCCCUCCGUGCGCGCUGCUGCUCACGGCCGCCGCGGCCGCCGAAGAGGAGCCCGGGGCCAGUCUGUUCCCAGGUCUGGCGCGGGGCCGGGCGGCCGUGGUGGCAGUGGUGGCAGGAGAUGCCCGGGUGGCCCGCGGAGGUCCAUGUGGCGCGCUAGGUGGGAUCCCGGCAUCCUGAAAGCAGAGGCCCUGGCCCUCCUGCCCUGCGGCCUGGGCAUGGCGUUCUCCCAGUCCCAUGUGAUGGCCGCACGGAGGCACCAGCACAGCCGGCUUCUCAUCGAGGUGGACGAGUACAGCUCCAACCCCACCCAGGCCUUCACCUUCUACAACAUCAACCAGGGCCGCUUCCAGCCACCGCAUGUGCAGAUGGUGGACCCGGUGCCUCAUGACGCCCCCAAGCCACCCGGCUACACCCGCUUUGUGUGUGUGUCUGACACACACUCGAGGACGGACCCCAUCCAGAUGCCCUAUGGUGACGUGCUGAUCCAUGCUGGGGACUUCACAGAGCUGGGGCUCCCGAGCGAGGUGAAGAAGUUCAACGAGUGGCUUGGCAGCCUGCCGUAUGAGUACAAGAUCGUGAUCGCCGGCAACCACGAGCUGACCUUCGACCAGGAGUUCAUGGCCGACCUCAUCAAGCAGGACUUUUACUACUUCCCGUCCGUGUCAAAGCUGAAGCCCGAGAACUACGAGAACGUGCAGUCGCUGCUGACCAACUGCAUUUACCUGCAGGACUCGGAGGUCACCGUUCGGGGCUUCCGGAUCUACGGCUCCCCGUGGCAGCCCUGGUUCUAUGGCUGGGGCUUUAACCUCCCGCGAGGCCAAGCGCUGCUCGAGAAAUGGAACCUCAUUCCCGAAGGCGUAGACGUCCUGAUAACCCACGGACCCCCGCUGGGCUUCCUGGACUGGGUCCCCAAGAAGAUGCAGCGGGUGGGCUGUGUGGAGCUGCUCAACACGGUGCAGAGACGCGUCCAGCCGCGGCUGCACGUCUUUGGCCACAUCCACGAAGGGUAUGGUGUCAUGGCGGACGGGACCACCACCUAUGUGAAUGCAUCUGUGUGCACCGUGAACUACCAGCCCGUGAAUCCGCCCAUAGUCAUUGACCUUCCCACUCCCCGGAACUCCUGACUGUCCCUGCUGUCCCAGCCCUGCCCUCCCACAGCAGCUACCUAUGCCUGGCCGAGAGCACGGACCCCCGACUACCUUCCCUUCCAUGCAGACAAUGUGUGGCUGUGGGGACCAGCCCAGCAGAUGAGUUGAGGUCUUGGAAUGAAGAAAAUCACCCCUGGCUUUUCAGCCUUCUGUCACCUGGCACCGGGACCCUGUGGGUCCCUGUCAGGGGUUUUGUGCUCAUGAGUAUUUUCUGCGUGUACAUUCCAUGUGUACCUCGUUAAAGGACCCAACGAGCUCGAGGCCCCACCCUGCUUAGGAAAUGACUGACUCUUCGUCCUUCUCAGUUGAACACCCUCGUGGGUUUGGAAAGCCACUGCUCUGGGACAGAUGUUUGGAAGUUCUUGCACAAAAUCUCCCUCUAACCGAGGGUCUGUGUGGCUGCCAGCCCCAGGGUUGGGGUGGGUGGGAGGUUUUACAGUUGAGCACGAGCCCUUCCUCUCCCCCGGGCUGGAGAGGGGGCAGGCCUGCUUCGCGGCUGCGGCCGUCCGAGGCAGCGUUCGGGGACAUCUCAGGAAUUCCGACUGCACCUGGCCAGGCCAGCACGAUGCUGCUUCGUGUUGUCCCUUGUUUUCUUCCUGUGAGCACCUUUGCUGACCUGAAUGAUGGCCUGAGCGUCCCAGGCACUCACUCGGAGUCGGGAUGAUUUGGGGGGUUGGUUCUACAGAAUGAGCCAUUUGAGUGCCCGGGACUGGCUGGAGGUUCCCGAGUCAUGCAUGACCCUGGUCCCGUGGGGGAUGCACUGCUUUGCAGAACUCAACAGCCUGGAGGGUCCAAAGGUCAAGGCCACGUCCAUGCGGAUGUGCAACACACACACACACACACACACACACAGACACACACACACACACACACCU